GCCUGGCAUCUUUGACAACAAUUGUCAUCGCAUCCUUGACCGGAUUUAAUGGUCUGGUCAACUUGAUCGGAAGCUUCAGAAAGAGGAAGAGCAACGCUUCAGAGAUCGCUUGGGCUGCUGAUCAUCCCAUUUUCUACAUUAUUGGAACAUAUUGCUGUAUUAUCUUCUGGAUUAAUGGAACUAAAUUUUGUCAAUUAUUCAACCACUGGAAACACACCCUCUCAAAAUUACACUUCCCAAUCAAAGACAAAACGUUACCCCGAGACGCCGCGAUUUACGCCGGGGUAAUCUUUAUGUCUGGAAUCCUGGAAAAUGUUUUCUGGAAUUUGCAGUAUUUCCCCUUAUUUAAUGGUGAAUCUGCAAAAUUUUCAUUUUCCGGUGCCCCUGCUUCACAUCAAGAAGAUCUCUCCCCGUUGCAUAAUUACUACCGAGUAUCACACGAUUGGGAACAACUCAUCCCGUAUCAUCCAUUUUGGGGGGUUUUCGUAUUCCUCACGAAUAAGACUUCUUUGUACGCCUGGAAUUAUGUGGACGUUCUGAUCGGAAUAUUUGCCCGAGCGUUGUACGGUCAAUUCAAAGGAUUGUAUGAGAUUGGGAGCGAAAUCGUAAUGGCGAGUGGGUGUCAUAAUGAUGCCUCAAGAUUUGGAGAUCACGCCUCCUUCUGGUCACAUCUUGUCCGAGAUUGUGGAAUCAUUUGUCAAGUGGUGGCGAAAUUUCAAGAAUUUCUAUCACAAAUUAUCUUUGUAACGUACGCGGGCAAUAUUUACUUUCUCUGCUUGCAGAUUUUACUAGAACUCUCUCCAACUUCUCCUUCGGAGAGCGUCCUCUCUAAAAUUUACGCUACAUGGUCCUUCCUGCAAAUUAUAAUGCGAUUCUUUACAAUGUCCCUGCUUUGUGCCCGGAUUUAUUCAUAUGCUCACAAAUUUACCGGUUUACUCGAGAAAUGUCCAAUGGAAAUGUACACUCCAGAGUUGGCCCGUUUUGAGAGAAAAUUGCAAAGUGGGAGUAUUUGUUUCACCGGUUUGGAUUGUUUUGUGAUUACAAAACCUUUAAUUCUUAACGUCAUUGGGGUCAUCGUAACGUUCGAGAUUAUCUUGUUGCAGUCUCUUUCGCAAAGUGCAGCUACAGUGGAAAACUGCAAUUGCACAAAAGUGUAGAUACAUACAUACAUAUGUACGCUUUAUUUAUUUACCUGCAGAAAUUAUUAUGUACAUAUGUAGCUUUCUUCGCCAUUUCAGCUUUCGGAAUAAAUUUUCUUUCAUUUUUUUUAAAAAGUUGAUGCUCCAUAAGGUAUGCAAAUCCCACUUGACCAAUUUCUCUAGCUC